CCGCCGCGCUCCGUCACGUCUACACCUCCAGCAGCGACACCGUCACCUCCGGCUCCCCCCUCCUACAACACUCACUAACUCUAUCGCGCCUCAAUGCACUCCCCCCUCCCAUCCCCCAACAUCCCCGCCUAAACUUUCACAAAAAAGGGAUACGUUUGACCCCUUACAGAGCAUAUUUAAACUGUAAAAAGGGAAGCCUGUGGUAGUUAAGGCAGAAGUUUGAAGAGGUAAGGUAGAGUUGCCUAAAGACUAUUUUCCCUGGUGACUCCGUGCACUAAAGGACACACAACAGCAGAUUGGUACACGGCAACACACUGUGUACACACCGGUACUGUCGUGUACUAUUUAACCACCCCCCCCCACCCCACGUACACAUCACCUGCUAUCGUGUACUCCCCAAAAUCUCCCGUGUUCCUUUCAACUGUUCGGUGUACACAUUAUCUAGACCUGUGUACGCACCAGCUGCUCAGUGCGCACAGAAUCUAGUCCCGUGAACGCACCGGCUUCCUCCGUGUACACAUGAAGAUGAGGAGUCUUAUGUGUGGCCGGGCUGUGAGAGUGGUGGCCUUCCUGAUGUGUCUGACAGCACUGGCGCCGCGAGUGGAAGGUUUGUCGUGCUACCAGUGUGGGUCGUUGAGUGAGGGCAUGUCCACAGUCAACCCAUGCUUCGGUAUAAAGCCAGAGGACUAUACGGAGUGUCCCGCCUCACACACGCAGUGCAAGCGUUACAGUAACGAGGGGGUGUUGGUGCUGGCCUGUUCUGACAACUGCGUAGAGAGCCUCAGACAGACGACAGAAAUCACGUGCUGUGAUACGGACGGUUGCAACGGUGGCAGUAUGGCGCGACCAACCGUCCUCCUGCUGGUAGUAACGGCCGCCGUGUUGGGUCUCUUCACCACAACCCACUAGCAGGGGCCACCGAGCCUUCCCACCCUCUCUCCCCGUCCACCGUGACGCUACAACGCCUUAGUCCUUGUUAAUUUGUGCUGGUGAUCCAUGUUGACACCAGCCUCGCUAUAACACCCUCCCUCCCUUCCCUCCUACCUCUUUUCACAAUUCACUACUUCCCUCAUUCUCUUCCUUGUUAUGUUUCUUUGAUUUCUUUCAUCCAUUCAUUUAUCUUCACACCUUACCCUUCCCACUCGUUGUUGCCUGAUUUUUUUGUUUUGGUUUUGUUAUCCCUAUUAAUUAUUUUUUUGGUCGUUUUAUGAUCAUUCUCCCUCUCUCUCUUGUUCGUUAUUCUCUCCAUCUUCCCUUACUCCCUUCAUUCCCACUUUCCAUCCUCCCUUCCCCCACCCCCCUCUCUCCGGUAUGUGUGUGAUAUAGCAAGUUUGUAAUAUUGAAGACUUUGUGUUUCACUUCUCGCACUGCUUGAUAGGUGUGUAAGUUUGUAAGGCUGGCUUUACUGUGCAAGUACAUAAUUAAAGUACAGUAUUAAUAUACUGCAUUUAUAAUUCCAAAGACCUACAAAGGUUACUAUCGUUAGAUAUGUAAAAAACAAAUAUUAAUUGGAAACUAGAUAUUGCUCAUCAGUCUGAAAUUAUUCUAAAAAAAUUAUAUCACCUUUUAUAUUCUGCAAUAAUAAUAACAUCCUAUUAUUUUAAUGUAGUUUGAUUAUAAUUAUUUUACUUUAGCAUCGACAUUUAAGUUAUAUUAAUACAUUCUAGCUUUACAAAUUUAAUGUAUGUUGCUUUGAAAUAAUGAAAAAAAAAUCAUAGGAGAGUAGUGACAAAAUGUAACGUGUUUCUUUGUAUAUAUUACUGAUCACAACUUUAUAUAGACAUAAUUGAUAUUAUUAUUAAGAGCACAUCAUCUAAUGUAAAGAGAAAUUAAGAUAAUAGUACGCAGUGACGUUCACUCAACAGUCUGGGCUUGCCUCCUGUGUUACCUGAGAAGAUCUUGGUGUGUAUAAUGUAACAGAGGAAGAUCUUGGUGUGUAUAAUGUAACAGAGGAAGAUCUUGGUGUGUAUAAUGUAACAGAGGAAGAUCUUGGUGUGUACAAUGUAACAGAGGAAGAUCUUGGUGUGUAUAAUGUAACAGAGGAAGAUCUUGGUGUGUAUAAUGUAACAGAGGAAGAUCUUGGUGUGUAUAAUGUAACAGAGGAAGAUCUUGGUGUGUUAAUGUAACAGAGGAAGAUCUUGGUGUGUAUAAUGUAACAGAGGAAGAUCUUGGUGUGUAUAAUGUAACAGAGGAAGAUCUUGGUGUGUAUAAUGUAACAGAGGAAGAUCUUGGUGUGUAUAAUGUAACAGAGGAAGAUCUUGGUGUGUAUAAUGUAACAGAGGAAGAUCUUGGUGUGUAUAAUGUAACAGAGGAAGAUCUUGGUGUGUAUAAUGUAACAGAGGAAGAUCUUGGUGUGUAUAAUGUAACAGAGAAAGAUCUUGAUGUGUAUAAUGUAACAGAAGAAGAUCUUUGGUAACUUUGGUGUUUGACAAUUUUUAUAAUUUUCCCAGGACGCCUUUCAAAUUGAUAUUCACUUUACCUCUGUCUGUAUAAGUGUUGGUACAGUAAAGUGAGUGCAAAUAUAUGUCCUUAUAGUCUUUAUCAAGUUACUUUAUACCUUACCUAACCUUAGGGAUAAUCCUCUCUUUUUUAAAGUCCAAUGUCAAAAAUUUCACGGAGGACAUCAGUGUGAGGGGAGAGAGAGAGAGAGAGAGAGAGAGAGAGAAGUCCUGUGAAAAUUUAGAAAUUCUCAAACUCCUUCACUGGAGUAUAACUGCUUAGUGUGACUCACGACACCACAACGUUUAGUGUGACUCAGUGUGACUUAUGACCAGGGCGUUUAGUGUGACUCACGACCAGGGCGUUUAGUGACUCAAUGUGACUCAUGACCCCAACGUUUAGUGUGACUAACGCUGUCACAAUAAAAGAAGACGCUUAAUUUUCAGACAAGGUUUAGUAGCAACACGUAAAUGUUCAAUUCUAAUUGUACUUGACCUUAUUAGCAACCAUGAAAAAAGUUCACUAAUAUCAAUCAAGUAUUCAGCUCCUUAACGGUCAAAGUUCAUCCACGGAGCCCCCCAAGUUCAUCCACGGAGCCCCCCAAGUUCAUCCACGGACCCCCAAAGUUCAUCCACGGACCCCAUUAAUAAAAAAAAAUAUGCAUGGUCUCUGGAACGAACUUUUUUCACAUUAAGUGUUCUGAAAAAUAUCCGAUUUUAUUUGUUCUUUUUCGUACAGGUCGACAAAAAUUUAAAACAGUUGAGUAAAUAUCAAUAAUCAUGGUGACAAAAUGCGCUGUGUGAUUUAUUAAUUUGUAUUCCUAGGGAUUUAUUUAUAUUAUAAACAUAUUCCUCAUGAUCAUAUGCGACAAAAUCAAGCAUAAAAAAUGUAAUAAUUUACACAAGAUAAUAUGAAUGAUGUUCGGUCCUCAUACCACGUGCAGUUUCAAUGGGGAAUUAAUAGUGAGGAUCAAUGGGUAUCUUUGGUAACGAGGGGCGGCGCGACGUGUUGAUGACGGCACCUCUGACGGUAACAACAAUGGUGUGGUCCAGCAAUAGAAUUAACCUUAUAAACCUUUACCUUAAACAGUGACCUCACGAUGUUUAGUGUGACACCUGACCACAAGUGUGACCCACAACUAGUAUAUGCUGGGUGUGACCCGCGACCGUUUGUUGUGGCCCACGACUGCUUGGUAUGAUCCAUGACUGUUUGGUGUGACCUACGACUGUUUGGUGUGACCUACGACUGCUUGGUGUGACCUACGACUGCUUGGUGUGACCUACGACUGCUUGGUGUGACCUACAACUGCUUGGUGUAACCCAUGACUGCUUAGUAUGGUCCACGACUGCUUGGUGUGACCCAUGACAGCUUGAUGUGACACAUGACCGCUUAGUAACCCACGACUGUUUGCUGUGACCCAUGACCGCUUGGUAACCCACGACAGCUCAGUGCUUGGUGUAACCCACGACUCUGAGGUUGCGGCUUGGAGCAACUCAGAGGCUCAAGUUCUCUACAGGUAAUUAGGUGUAGUGAUAGCAGGUGUAGUGAUAGCAGGUGUACUGCAUAGCAAGUUAAUCAAACUCUCUCUCCUUCCAAACAUUGUGGAAUCUUUUGACUUAUUCGCUCGCUCGCGUCAGACUCUUUCCUGCUGAUAUUUAGGUCAUGUGUUUAUCCCUGACUCCAGGUAAACUUGAGAGUGUAAGAGAUUUGUGGGCCAGAUGACAUGCACACAAACACAAGGAGUUUACUGUUGUCAAGUGAUGCUCUCUCUCAAGUUUGUCACGAACGCUGUCACGACCACGUAAAAAAAAUGCUUUCUUGUGUAAUUAUAAAUCUUGUAAUGUAAUCUGAUGCAAAGGUUCGUGAGAGAAUUCGUUCAUCUUGGGUGAAUUAUUAUUAGAUUACAGUUCAUUAUAGCAUACUGCUGCCAACCUGUGCUCGGCCUGACUCCUGGUCAAGUUUGUAUAGUGUUGGACAGAACUGCUUGUGGCGUCUCUGGAGGAAAAAGCACUGUAUCGUAUCAAGGUUAUUUCCCCCGCAAGCUGUUCUUUUUGUAGCAUAAAUGUUUUAACGGAGUCGUGUUCCUAGUGACCGACCUCUUAAUGUAUUGGAUAUAAAAUAGAAAAUAAUAAAAAAUG